CACUUCUGCCAGCGAAGGACUCUCCAUUUUUCCAGAGGUCAAAGCAAAAGCACUUAGAAUCUCAUGAUUUAAGGAACCUCAGAGAUUGAUUCAUCAAAAUACCCUCUGGAGCAGGACAUGGCUCCUACCCUCGGUCAUUUGAGCCCAUCCUUGUUGUAGGAGUGUGUGCCUUCAUAGGCUAAAGAUUGAAAGGUUGGAGAAUGCCACUGAACCGUGUCGAAGAGUGAUGUAGGAGUGGGAGCUCAUCGGGAAGAAAAUAUUCAGGCAGCAUAUAGAGAAAUAGAGGCACAACUACCAGGACCAUUUUGUUCGCAGUCUCUCUCCUUGGGUAGCUGAAUGCCCCUGAAGGCUUGGAAGGUCUUGCUAGUUAUUAUGGACCUAAAUAAGGCAAGACCAGUGGAGGAAAAGAGUUGGCCUUGGCUUUCUGACAAACCUGGUCCUGAUGAUUCAUGGCCUACAUCAGCUAGCCAAGACUUAGAUUUCGGUGUCAAGGAAGGAACAGCAAAGUCAGCAACGGAAGCAAAGGAAGAUGGUGUUGGUAUUAUUGAAAAUGUGCCACCAGAGCAAACAGUUAAUGGCAGUUUGACUUCUGCUGGUGGAGUGCAUAAAAAUGACAGAAGUGAUAUCAUGUCAGCAUUAGAAUUAGGAGAAGAGGAAGAUGUAGAAUCACCUUCUCUUCCUGAGUAUCAAGUUCCAUUAAAGGUUGAUGAAAAAAAGAAGCACAGAGGAAGUGACAUAGAAGUAUCAGAAAACAUACAUGAUGCUGCGGCUGCUGGAUUAAUUCCACAAAGACAGAAUGGAAAAACUGAUAACCAUCAAUUGCCUAUUACAGAAAAUAAAGAUUCUGAUAGGAGGGAACCUGGUUUACAUGUGAAGAAGUUAAAGAAAGGUGAAAAUGAAAAAGGGACAUCAAAAGGAUCUGUGAUCACACCAGUGUUGCAGAAGGCAGAUUCCCUAACUGGUGGUCCACUACAAAAGAAUGAUGGCAGCCAUUUCAGUGAAAAGGAUCAGCAUGAAAGCAGACCUGCAAAGAAAAUUUCUAAGAAAAAGAACAAGGUCAAAAAGCAAAUUACCUCUAUGGAUGACCUUGUCGACUUCAUUCAGUCAUCUGAAACAGCUUCAGAGCAUUGUGAGUUGCCUUACUCUAAGAAUUUCAUGUUGCUGAUUGAACAACUUGGCAUGGAUUGUAAAGAUUAUGCUGGCUUCUUGAAAAUCCGAGAUAUAUGUGUUUCUUAUGAGAAAUUAAGGAAACUUAACAAAAAUCACUGUAAACUUCUUAUGGGAAAAAUGACAGAAAUGGACAAAGUGGUUAGUGCACUACAGAACGAGCUACGAGAAGCCAAAGACAUGAUAUCACGGUUAGAACAUCAAAAAGUUGUAGAAGAGCGCAGUGACACUCAGUGGCAACUUUCUCCAGAUCAGAAGGCCAGAGUCUUACAAGAUGGAAGUCUAAACAAUCACCUUUACAAGCAAAAGGAGCUAGAAAUGGCUCAUAAGAAAACUAGUUCUAAGCUUUCUGAUAAUCAGGAGAAAACACAAGAUCGGUUGCAUAAAAACCACAUGUUGCAGGAUGAAAUUGUCGUGCUAAGACUGGAAAGAGACACCAUAAAAAAAUCAGAACUAGGCAGGGAGAUAAUACCUUUUGUGUCUUUAACUGAAUUCAGUGAACAGGAAUGUGUAGUUGCAAGACAACUUCAACAAGAACUGGCUGAUACUCUGAAGAAACAGUCUAUGUCAGAGGCUUCCCCAGAGGUUACAUCAUAUCUUUGUCUGGAAGAUGAAACACGGGAUCUCAAGAAGAAAUUAGCUCAAAUCAGAAGUCAGUUGCAAGAAGAACAGGAACGACAUGGAGAGGCCGUAAGAUAUGCUGCGGAGAAGAAAGAUCAUGUGCAAAAGCUACAGGUUAAAAAUGCCACACAAGAAGCAACCAUCAAACAUCAAGCGGCCCAAAUUCAAUAUCUUGAGAGCAACGUGAUAAAGACAAGUUUGUUACAAGAAGCACAGGAACGACAUGCAGAGGCCUUGCAAGAAGCAAAGGAUCGAGAGGCAAAGGACAUAAGAUAUGCGGAGAAGACGCUAGAAGUGCAAAAUGCCAGACAGGAAGAAACCAUCAAACAACAAGCCGCCCAAAUUCAAAACCUUCAGAGCAACUUGUUAAAGACAAGUUGGUUGCAAGAAGCAAAGGAUCGAGAGGCAAAGGACAUAAGAUAUGCGGAGAAGACGCUAGAAGUGCAAAAUGCCAGACAGGAAGAAACCAUCAAACAACAAGCCGCCCAAAUUCAAAACCUUCAGAGCAACUUGUUAAAGACAAGUUGGUUGCAAGAAGCAAAGGAUCAACAUGCAGAGGCCAUAAGAUAUGCCGAGAAGACGCUAGAAGUGCAACAUGCCAGGCCAGAAGCAACCAUCAAUCAGCAAGCGGCCCAAAUUCACAAUCUUCCGAGAAACUUAUUAAGGACAAGUUUAGCUGAUGUCCUUACAACAGAACUGGAAACUACAUCUUCAAAAUGUCUACACAUGGAUGCAAAAAAUCAAGUUCUUCAACAAGAGUUAUUAUCAAUGAAAGCUUUCGAAGAAGAACGUGAAAAACUAGAGAGCAACAACAAGAAGUUACAGCAAGAAGUAGUAAAAUUGAAACAAUUUAUGGAAAUGAAUAUGGUAGAACGCGGUCAAGUGGAACAGUAUAAACGGGAGAUUGAAGAAAGAGCACGACUGGACAUAGAAGAAAAAUUACACGAAGUCAACCUGUUUUUACAGGCACAAGCAGCAGCUCGAGAAAAUUUGGACCAGGUAAGAGAAAAUGCUCAUGCUUCAACGAGAAGUCAAAUGGAACUUAGAAUUAAAGAUCUGGAAUCUCAGCUCUCUACAAUGAAGAUGUCUCAAGAAGAUUCGACUAAAACAGAGUUGGAAACCUACAGGCAACUCUACCUAGAAGAAUUAAAAGUUAGAAAGUCCUUGAGAAAUAAGCUGAACAGGACUAAUGAGAGACUGUCAGAGAGCAAUACAAAACUUCUUGUGGAGAGACAGCAGCACCAAACUUUACUCAGGACCCUUACUAUGAGCCCAGGCCUGGAACCACCUUAUUGUGGACAUUUUGAAAAUAAUUUAGUGCUCAAUGGAAACCUUACUCCAAGAGGAAACUUAGUGAUUCCUACCUUAAACCCACGGCCGUCAUAUGACGACAGGGAGACUUCCUUGUGGAAGACGCAGCGGGAGUUGGAGAAAAGAAUAACCAGAGCACUAGAAGAAGCUGCUACCAAAUUUGAAUGAGGAUCCUGUAGAAAUCCUUUAGUAUCUACUGAUGAUUCAAUUCUAAAUCAAGAUCCAGUAUGGAAAGCGUCACGAGAAUAUGUACAGAUUUUGAACAAAAAUUAUACAAUUUGAAAAAUAAAUAGAAAAAAUUUACUGGAUGCUUACAAAACAUUUUCAUUGCUUCGCAAUUGAACACACUAUACAGCAAAGUCUUGAUUAAAGGAAAAUGUUUUUGUUUCA